AUAUCACGUCUUAGAUUUGGACAUACAGGAUUAAACAGUACUCUCUUUUUAAUAGGGAAACAUGAUACUGGUAAAUGUGAUUGUGGAGAAGAGGAAACAGUAGAACACGUUCUGGUAAACUGUCAGAAGUACAGAACUGAAAGAGAUCAAUUAAUUAAUAGACUUGAUGAUAUGAAAAUGAGAUUAAAUCCAUUUGAAAUUUUACAGCAAAAAUCAGUUUCUGAUAGUUCUCAAGCUUUGAUUAAUUAUCUGAGAUCGACUCGAUUAUUUGAUAGGAUAUGAUUUUUUUUUUUUUUUUAAUAUUAAUAAGUCGUUUCAGUCCACACUCCUUUCCAGUUGGUGGCGGUAAUGCACACCUAAAGUUUUUUGCAAACCGCCAAUAAACCCUAAAUAGAAGAAGAAGAAGAAUAAAAACAUGGCAGACGAGGUUAGAAAAUGCUCAAAGAAGUAUUUAUUUUUUGAUUUAAAAUAAGCCUGUAAUGUAGAAUAUAGCUUGUUUUUGUAAAUUMAGUACAUUCGUAUCUGUAAUACAUACGUACGUGAAGUGACGGUGAUUACGGUAUUGUAAUCCGGUAAAAAAACGAAGAAGAAGAUCCUCGCAAACAAAGACACGCCUGAGGCGCUUGUGUUUUCCACAACAUGGAUAACUCAUUUCAACACGGUCAGUCUGAACAUUUUCGGCCUCCUGCUUAUACCGGAGACUACCCGCAGACACGGUACGCCGCCCCCGAGCAGCAGGGUCCGACACUGCCAGACCCCAGCGCCCCGUCGUGGACACCUCCACCGGCUUUCGAUGGCCAACAGUACGGACUCAGGUACGACUUCCCUCCUCCUUCGCCUGGAGGAGCGGCUUUCGGGGGCCCUCUGUAUCCAAACCAGUAUAGGUUUGAUCCCUCUGUCCCUCCGCCUCCYUUUGACUACCACUCACAGGGAAACUUCCCGGGAAUGGCGCCUCCCGGCCCGGUAAACUCGUACAGCAGCACCGAAGUCUCCACGUUUCCGACUUUCUCCUCACAGCUCGGUUCUGCUGCUUCUUCCCGGUUCGACAGCGCGUCGGAGUCGGACUGCGGCCCGGGACAGCGUCGGGACCCCCGUGAGGGGGCCGAUUUUUACUGGGGGGGCCCGUACCCGCCUCAGGACCGUGACAGCUGUCCAGAGGAUGAGGACGCGCUGCAGAGGAGACAGGACAAGCAGUGGCUGGAAGGUUUUUUACGGAGCAGAGGUACGACAACCGGGAGACCUCAGACCCGGCAUCAACAGCAGCCAAACCCCAUCUCUGUGUCCGCCUUUAGAGACACCCUGUACGGGUCAGUGCAGCUGGUGUCACRGCUGGAAGAGCUCUGUCAAAGUCUGAAAGGCAGCUUGCAGAGUGAYAGUGUGUGGGCAGACUCCUAUCUGAAGGCUUCACGUGUGAAGAAGGAGCUGCAGGACAAACUGAAGCUGCUCAGUGACGCACAGUGUUUACAGCAGCUGAAGGUGAAAGCCUCCAGAGCUGCACAGAAAAGGGCCCGGCGCCUGAGGGCCAAGAAGGAGCAGCAGAUGGAGAGGAAACAGGCCGAGGAGCGUUGCUCUGAGAAGGAGGCAGCCAUAGAUAAAUGGAGGAUGAGACAGAUCCAGCAAGUGGAGGAGAAGAAGAAGGAGCGGGAGCUGAAGCUGGCUGCAGAUGCUGUUCUGUGUGAGGUGAGGAAAAAGCAGGCGGACGUGAAGAGGAUGCAGGACAUCCUGCGAUCUCUGGAGAAGCUGCGCAAGCUCAGGAAAGAGGCAGCGUCCAGGAAAGGUAUUGUCACGGAGCAGCGGUGCGACGAGGCGUUCAGCAGCAGACUGGAGCAGCUGCGGUGUGUGAUGAAGAAAAGAACGACGGUCUACUCGGCCGAGGAGAAAGCUCUGAUGGUGAUGCUGGAAGGAGAGCAGGAGGAGGAGAGGAAGAGGGAGCAGGAGAGACGAGCGAAGAAGGAGAGAGAGAGACAGCUGGAAAAGAAACGCAGGGUGGACUCCAUGCUGUUCGGAGAUGAGCUCCCAGCUGACUGCUUCCUGCAGCCUUUCGUCGAGUACUACAGCCGGGCGGAGCGGUCCCUGCAGGCUUUGAUACAAAUCAGGAGAGAGUGGGACGUGUUUCUGGUGGCAGCAGAUCAUCCAGAUGGUUCCUCGGUUCCUCAGAGCUGGAUCCUGCCUGACCCCCCCUCAGACCAGGCCUGGGCCUCUGCCCUGCAGGCUGCUGACUCUGACUCUUUCACAUCCUAGAAGAUCAUCAGAAGCUGCUGGUGUGAAGCCAGCUGAAGAUGACAGACAAAGCUGAACUGAACUUUUGCAGGAUUUCCAUGUAAUGAACGCACAAAGAGGACAAAUUCUUUCCUCAGUGAUUUGUCCCUGAAUCUGUACCAAAUAWUUUACAACAUACAAAGUAGUUUUCAACUUGAAAAAUACAUUUUCAUCAGAAAAGCAGGUAAACUAGUUUUUUUCUUUUUUGGCACAUUUACCUGCUUGAGGUUUAACAUUGCAGCUAUAUUAACCUGUUGUUUAUGGUGCAUUUUUUUACUURAAGGUUUAUUCUCUCAGAUGUUUAUAAUUCUCUGAAUGAAUCUAAAAUAAAUACAGUUUUAAUAAAAUGA